AUAGUCAUUUUAUUAUGUAGUAAAUUAUUGUGGAAGUGCCAUGGGGCGUGCGUGGAGGUGGAUUCGGACACAGAAGCGGUCGCCCAUGAGGGCUUUAAACUGGGCUGUAUCUCCUGUAAGGUGAGAGGGGAGGUGCCCGCUGUGGCCUCUGUGGACUGGUACUUCAUGGCAAAAGACGAGACAGAAUACUCCCUGUUGUAUUCGUAUGAGUCAAAAAUGGGCAUGGUCAUUGACCAGAGGUUCUAUGAUCGUCUGGAGUGGUACGGAAGCAAAGACACUCUUGACCUUCAGGACGGCUCCAUUUACAUCGUCAACGUGACCUACAAUGACACAGGCACAUACCGCUGUGUGUUCCAGAGGACUCUGAUCUACCCCAACCACGAGCACCAGGCCAACGCCAGCAAGACUGUACACCUGCACGUGGUGCACAAAUUGACCAGAGGAAUGGCGUCCAUCUUGUCCGAGGUCAUGAUGUACGUGUCCAUCAUUGGGCUGCAGUUCUGGCUCUUGGUGGAGAUGAUCUACUGUUACCGGAAGAUCGCCGCCGCUGGAGAGGAGGCCCUGAGAGAGAGCGCGGCUGAGUAUUUAGCUAUUGCGUCGGAAAGUAAGGAUAACUGUGCAGGGGAGCAGGAGGCAGAAUAG